AUGCCAAUUGAAACACAAUGUGAUGACGAUAUCGAGCUCUUGGUGUAUUCACUGUUGGAGCUUGUGUUUGAAGUCGAUUUUCAUUUCGGCGAACAGGAAUUUCUUGUUACAAAUUACUCCGACGAUCCAUAUUUCAUCACCUCGAAAUUCUUCAUGAACCAGGUAACUCAUAUUCUCGAAGGGCUUCAAUCAGCAAUCACGAAACAUGAUACCUUACAGAUGAGUAGUUCUUACAUGAAACUUACCAAAAUUGCACCUGAUCUUUGGGAAGUGCUAAUGGCGGGAAACCUUCAGUUCUUGGCACUUUCGAUAGACAAAAUCAACCAUUGUCUCGGAGGCAGUCUAGGUAAGAGCAUGAGUCGACUGCCAGCAACGGACCAAAGUAUGCAAAGAAGGUGGUCUCUUUCUCCAACAAUCGUCAGUUUGUCACCUUUACAGAUGACUCCUCCUGAGUCCCUCAGCGAGAUCAAUGGGACUAUGGAGACCCACACGAGUCCAAUCAUUCAUCAGAAAAUCACGGAGAUCAUCAGCUUACUGAGAUCUAAGGUGUCGUUCAUCAUAGGCCCCGGCGGCAGUAGAAUUGAGGAGAUUCGAAAUAUAUCGGGCUGCGAGAUAAAAGUGAAUUCUCUUGACGCCCAGGAGUCGUUGACUAUGAGAAGUUUCUCAGAGUGUGCAACUCUCCAAGAUAUGCUUUUGAGCGGAACCGAGGAGCAAGUAGCAGAAGCCAAGUCGUUGAUUAGGCAGGUUCUAAGUGGAUACCAAAGGAAGUGA